UUUUAAAGGUUAUCCAUGAAUAUCUUGGCAAUGUAUGCAUUCUUUGCACUCAUAAUCACAGCAAUUAGCAAACUUGCUAUUUUAUAUCAGAUGAUGUCCAUUUUGUUGGCAUCAGACAUUGAACAUACAAGUUAGACUUUGGCCACAAAUUGGCUGCUACCAUGGUCACAUUUUAGGGAGACCAUGGUUCUCAGUGUUUCCCAAAACUGGGACAUAACUGAGGUUCUUAGCACAAAGACUUGCUGGAUACAGAGAUUUGCUUUCACCCCAGAGGAGCUGCAGUGUCUUUUCACAUGUUUUGUCCUUUCCAUUGCAGGUGGCUGCCAACACUGGUUAAACAAACAUCAUUGGGGAUGGCGCGCCGGUCACGGCCGCAGCCCUCCACGUGGGAGGAGGCGCGCGGCGAGUUCUACCAGGAGCACUUCCCGUCGUCGCAGGCGGGCCUGGAGGCGGACGACUCGCUGUCGGGCGGCGCCUCGUCCUCCCAGGCCCAGCUGCUGCACAUCCUGCCCAGCCGCCAGCUGCUGCACACAGUCGACGGUGUCACCAUGAGUCGCGGCCAGAUGACCCGCACUCUCGGCAAGCGACGCUCAACGCUGACCCUGCGGCCCAGCCAGGUGCAGGCUGACGCCGACGAUGAGAUGCUUGCCCGACCAAGGUAUGCGCGUGCCGACGCCGCGGCCGCGGCGGACAUUCCUGACGAACAGCAGGUCUGGGACCAGAUUCAGGCCAUCAAGGCUAUGCCGAUUCCGAUGGAGAAGAAGAGGGAACGCAAGAACAAGCUCCUUACCUCUUCGGCCUUCCGAGUACAGGGCAUGCAGCGGUUUCAUUUGCAUCGGCAGAAGUUCUGGUCACACUUUAAGGACGCUAUGGUGGACAUCUUCGCGUUCGAGCUGUGGCACGACUCUCUCCGCCUCAUCGAGGGCAACUUCGGCACGGGCGUGCUGUCCUAUUUCCGCUACAUCAAGAAGGUGAUGUACAUGAACUUGCGGUUGUUCGCGGCCAUGCUGUCGUUCGUGGUGCUGCCAAACCUGCUGCUGAAGCGGACGGAGCCCCUGCACUGCGACCUCACCGACAACAGUACGGUCACUGCCUGCUGCAACCAGAACUACACCGAGUACGUGCACAACAACAGCUGGGGCGGCGUCACCAAGGGCUUCAUGGACUUCCUGCAGGGCACCGGCUACAUGGAGCUAACGCCGCUCUUCUACGGCUACUACGAGAACGUGGUGCUGAUUGGCGCCACGUCAGGGCUGUACUACAACCUACCGCUGGCGUACGUGCUCGUGUCCAUCAGCUGUCUGCUGCUCUGUCUGGCGUUCGUGGUCAUCCACACGGCGCACGGCUUCCAGGACGCCAUCCUGUCGCGGGGCAAGUUCUAUCAGUACUGUAACGUGAUCUUCAGCGCCUGGGACUUCUGCAUCGACAACGUGAGCGCCCGCGAGUACAAGCAGAUGGCGGUGUACAACGAGCUGAAGGGCUACCUGGAGACGGACCAGUACGAGGCGGAGCGGCGCAACCGUAGCCAGAUGGACGUCAUUCAGCUGUACGUGGUCCGCACCGUCACCAACAUCAUCGUCACCGUCAUCCUCAUCAUCUGCGGCGUCAUCAUCUUCUACGUGGUGCAGUACUCGCUGUUGCACGUCGAGAUGGAGGCCAGCGGCGAGAACCGGUCGACGCUGCUGACCAUUUACCAGUACUUACCAGCCAUGACCGUGUCCGUGAUGAACAUUGUGGUCACGCUCUUCAUGUACCACAUCGUGACGCUGGAGCGCUACACGGCGCAGGUGAACGUCAUCCUGACGCUGGUGCGCACCGUGUUCUUGCGCGUCGCCUCCAUCGCCGUGCUCAUGUACUCGUUUUUCGUUAAGUACAAGGCCCAGUGCGAAGGCCAACUGACAGGCUUCGAGUGUUUCCUGCCGGGCUGCCGCGCCAACGCCUGCUGGGAGACCAUCAUCGGCCAGACCUGCUACAAGCUGAUGCUGACCGACUUCGCCUGCAUCGCCGGCUUAAACCUGUUCGUCUACUUCCCGCUGAAGGUGGUGAUCGACCACUUCCAGGUGCCGUGGAUGCGCAAAAUCUUCCUGCAGGAGUUCGAGAUUCCGCGCCACGUGCUGGACGUCGUCUACAACCAGGCGCUGUGCUGGCUGGGUGUCUUCUACUCGCCGCUGCUUCCCGGCAUCGCCGCGCUCAUCUGUUUCCUCUACUUCUACCUCAAGCGUUUCACCUGUACACGCAUCUGCGAGCCACCGAAGCUGUCGCUGCACACCAUCCGCUCGUCGGCCUUCUACAUGCUUGUGUCGCUGUUCUCCUUCUUCGCGGCGCUGACCAUCAUCAUCUUCUCGAUGGCCGAGGUCCAGCCGUCGCGCUCAUGCGGCCCAUUCCGAGGCCUCCAUACGAUGUGGAUGGAGAUCCAGGACACAGUGAACGCGCUGCCCGGCUGGUUGCGCACCUUCAUUCACUUCUUCGGCUCGGCUGGGUUCGCCGUGCCGCUGGUGGUGGCUCUGCUGCUGGCCAUGUACUACUACUCGGCCAUCGCCGCGGCCAACAAGCACAUGAUCGAGGUGCUAAAGGAGCAGCUGGUGUUGGAGGGCCAUGACAAGCAGUUCCUGCUGAGCAAGCUGAACGAGCUGACGUCGCUGACUCGGCACCGGCUUACCGAGAGGCGGCGCAACGUCAUUGGCGAGCGUCUGAUGGAGGGUGUCCAUUUCGCCGAGAUGGGUGCCCGGUCAUCUGGCGCCGGCAGCGAGACGGUGGUGACACACCAGGAGUUGUAGCUCUUGACUCCGCUCUCCGACAGUGAGACGGUGGCGGCACACCAGGAGUUGUGGCUCUCGACUCCGCCCUCCGACAGUGAGACGGUGGCGACACACCAGGAGUUGUGGCUCUCGACUCCACCCUCCGACAAUGGGACGGUGGUGACACACCAGGAGUUGUAGCUCCCGGCUCCACCCUCCGACAGUGAGACGGUGGUGACACCAGGAGUUGUAGCUCCCGGCUCCACCCUCCGACAGUGAGACGGUGGUGACACCAGGAGUUGUAGCUCCCGGCUCCACCCUCCGACAGUGAGACGGUGGUGACACGCCAGGAGUUGUGGCUCCCGGCUCCACCCUU